AUGUCAGAUUUAGUACAUUACAGAUUAAGAAUCACUACAAUUGAUAAUAGAAAUUUUAUAGGACAACUAUUGGCAUAUGAUAAGCAUUUGAAUCUAGUAUUAUCCGAAACUGAGGAGUCUAGAAUAACCAAAAAAUCAUAUCAAGAAUUAAAGAAAACGCAAAACUCCAACUCAAUAGUCGAAGAGAAGAGAUCGUUAGGGUUAAUAAUUUUAAGAGGAGAACAAAUUGUUAGUUUGAGUAUAGAGAGUCCACCUCCAAUUGACACCAAAAAAAGGAUAGGAUUGGAAAAAGGUAAGGGUAUCACCAAACCUUUAAAGACGCCUGUCAGUAUUAAAUCAAAGUUACAAGGACCUGUUAAGGCUCCGCAAAAUGCUGGCCCUGGGUUCAAACGUCAAUAG